UUGCAGGUCCCGACAACAAGUCAGUGCAAUGUUCAAAAAGUGGGGGAAAAGAAGUUUGUAAAAAAAAAAGAUUGACACACGUGCGCAUGCGCAAACGAUAUCCACUUCCGCGCAAACAACGCCUAAUCUUUAGGAAAAAAAUACAGUUGUACAAGAUAACAAGCAAUCAAAAUUAGUUUGGCUCUUUUGUUUACGUGUUCAUUUGCUGCUUAAUCCUUAAACCAGUUCUCAGUUGUCGUCGUUGAAAUUCCCCCAAGGAAUAAGAAUUAUUCACAGUCCGUUUCUUGCCAUGGUGAAAUUGACUCGUUUUAGGGGCGGAUCUGUCUUAUUGCGCGUUGUCCGUCAGUCACAUGGCCCACAUACGGCUGAGUCAAUGACGGGCCCACCUUUGGUGAAACUGAAAACCAGUGGGCCGCAAGCGAGCGCCUCUGGGGAAAGUGGUCCUUCCUCUGGUCUUGUCCCGGUCGCUCGAUGCAGAAUCCUCCUCAGCAGCAGUCUCACUUCGCUCAUCGCCACGCAGGCCCCUCUCCGAGCAGGAGAAGCGGCAGCAAAACGGGCCAAAAUCCAACGCGAGUGUUAAAUUUAAAACUUCUUGUACUUCAAUUGUGAAUUGAUUACGCCACCGCCCCCCCGCCCCGCGAGAUCCUGUUGCAUUAUCACUCGUUCGUGCAUCAUUUAAUCACCAAUCCACCGAAUUACACAGAAUUAGUAGCAGUGUGCCACAUGCUAUAGCCAACUGGUAACACUGUUAACUGUUGUGAAUAUUUGUUCACACCGAGGCUCUGCUUACUUUUUGGCUUUGACGUGAUAGCGCUUCCACAAAAGUGGCUGAGACAGGGAAUUACGGACAGAAGCAUAAUCAACUGCGUUGGACAUCGGGAGACAUGCCGUCGUAUUGGCCGAGUGUUGUCGUAAUGUUGCGUGACGAGCACGGCGCAUUGCGGGGCGCCCUCCCUUUCGUCCAUCUGCUUAUACUGGACGUCCUUUUAUUUUUAGUAUUUGCGAUGGGAGAGUGUGUCAAGUGUGUAGGAAACAAGAAGACUGCUCUCAGCUUUCAUCUGGCAGCCGCUCCCCUUGGCGCCGCAGCGCUCCCCUCUUCAGUACGAGUGGGGCCGCUGAGCGUUGGCGCGCCAUGAAUAGACGUGCGCUGGCAUCGGAGCCGGAACCGAAAAGCAUCCAUUUGUGCUUUGCCUUUCACGCAGAACCCAGCGAAGGCAGGAUGUUGCUUCAAUUGGCUGCGCUUUCACGCAGCAUCCUGCUAUCACAUUAAGUCAUCACUCAUCGGGGAACCAUUAUUUAUAGUGCACACACUUAUUUAUUGUGUUUGGUCACUAUUUUCCUUAAUAUGAGCAAAAAGAAAUCAUCCAAAUAAAACAUAAAUGUGAACAAAUGUAUACGUAUACAUAUAUUGCCCGAUCAAGAACCGGAUCUCGCCAUCCGAUUUCGGCCGGCUGACUGUCGCCAAGGCGAUCAGUGUUUUGGGUGCGCUAAUAAGGGUCAUGACCUCACGCCUCAGAAACAGAGACAUUUUUCAUUUUUUGGGGGGGAUGGGGGGAGCCUGGCUACAACAUGCGAUGCAAAGGAACACAAGACGAGACCUGCCGGCUCGUUUUUCCACUAAUUGCAAUUCGUUUGAUUGUAUUUGUUUCUAUGCCGUCAAAAUAUGUCUUUAAGUGAAACCGUCCAUCCAUCCAUUUUCCGAGCCGCUUCUCCUCACGAGGGUCGCGGGCGCGCCGGAGCCUAUCCCAGCUGUCAUCGGGCAGGAGGCGGGGCACACCCUGAACUGGUUGCCAGCCAAUCGCAGGGCACAUACAAACAGACAACCAUUCGCACUCACAGUCACGCCUACGGGCAAUUUAGAGUCUCCAAUUCAUGCAUGUUUUGGGGAUGUGGGAGGAAACCGGAGUGCCCGGAGAAAACCCACGCAGGCACGGGGAGAACAUGCCAACUCCACACAGGCGGGGCCCGGGGAUUGAACCCGGGUCCUCAGAACUGUGAGGCUGACGCUCGAACCAGUCGGCCUGCGUGAAACCGGCUCUUGCCGUUCAACCGCGGUCGUAAUCUACCUUCCCGUGUUCUUCGCCAGCAAAACACGACGUGAACGGCAACAGAACCACGCCGCCGUUCCCAGAAGACACGCAGAUGGUCGUUUUCGGGAUGGGCUGUUUCUGGGGGGUGGAGAGGAAGUUUUGGCGUCUGAAAGGCGUUUAUUCCACUCAGGUGGGCUACGCCGGAGGGUACACGCCCAACCCCACCUACCAGGAAGUGUGCUCGGGCAUGACGGGCCACGCCGAGGUGGUCCGGGUGGUCUUCCAUCCAAACCAGGUUUCCUUGGCCAAUCUGCUCAAGAUCUUUUGGGAAAGCCACGACCCAACGCAAGGUAUGCGUCAGGGCAACGACGUGGGUACGCCGUACCGCUCGGCUAUCUACGCCUGCGCCCAGCAGCAGCUCGAGGAGGCGCUCGCGUCCCGAGAUCACUACCAAAAGGUUCUGACGGAAGAAGGUUUCGGAAGCAUCACAACAGAGAUUGCGGAAAGCAAACCCUUCUACUACGCGGAAGACUACCACCAGCAGUACCUGAGCAAGAACCCAGGCGGCUACUGCGGCCUGGGCGGGACUGGAGUCUCCUGUCCAAUAGGAAUCAAGGAGAAGGCUUAGACGGCCAAUCGCAGCUCAGGAUCAUCACGCUUGCUCCAAAACGAUUAACUCCGGUUUUUUUGUUGCAUUUUAUGGGGAACAACACAAUCUACUCGGAUUGGAGCUACUGUAGAUCUCACCUUCACAAAUGAAUACCUUUGAGCAUGUUGUACAACUGUGCACAUCCGGAAAAUUUAAUAAAAUAUGCAUCAUUGAUUCAAAACAUUA